ACCUACCCAGAAAUCGAACCCGUGACCCAUCCACCCUUCUUCUUCUUCCUCUAUACCCUACAUCUGCUGCCGCCGGGGGAUUUUCCCUUUAUCGGUUCAGUUUCGGCCGACAGUCGUCGCUGGAUCCCAUACGGCGGAGCCCGAUCAAGGAGGAGCUGCUGGCGGUCCCGGAGAACUUGGACUGCACGAUGCAGCUGCUGUUCAUGGCGUCCCGCGGCGACGCGCGAGGGGUCGAGGAUUUGUUGAACGAAGGAAUUGAUGUCAACAACAUCGACCUCGACGGGAGGACCACGCUCCACAUUGCCGCCUGCGAGGGAAACGCACAGGUCGUCAAGCUUUUGCUCAGCGGGAGGGCCAAUAUCGACGCUCACGAUCAUUGGGGGAGCACUCAGGGAGAUGGAGGGGAAAUCCCCCGGCAGCGGCAGCUGUAGGGUAUAGAGGAAGAAGAAGAAGGGUGGAUGGGUCACGGGUUCGAUUUCUGGGUGGGUUAAUGAUUUUUUUAGGUUGGGUGGGUUGGGCUGUGUUUAUAUGAGGUGUCAUGUUUUUCUGACGUGGCGGAUCAAUUUCUGUUUUUUCUUGGGUUAAAAUUGGGUGAUUAGACAUCUUUGUUAGCCACGUCAGCAGUUAACUGACGACACUAACGGAGUCUGACGGAGCUUAACGGAGAGUGACCGAACUUGAACUGUUCAACUAAUUUAAGUGACUACAAAUGGAAUAAACGAAUUCGAGUGAU